AAUUGUAAAUGUAAUGCAUAUUUCUUAUUCAUAAAUCAGUGCAACUUCUACUUUAUUUUAAGUGAAAACAAGUGCUAAUAUUAUUAACUUAAAAAAAUUGUAUGAAACUAUAGCUGUUCCCCUGGCAGAGGCAUUUUACUCAUAUUUAUUGUAUGCUUUAAUUUAUAAUCUCAAACUGAAACAUAUUAACGAUAAGUGUAACUUAGGAUGGAUUUGUCCUUAAUCCUGAGGUAAAAGAAACUAAACACUUAAAGUUGUCUAAGAGAAAAUUGUUUAUCUCGUUAGAUUUUGAGACCAUUAUUUUUUUUAGAAGAUGUUCAAAACUGUUAUGUUAAUGUUAAUUUCUGUUGAAUAUUAUCUGCUAAGAUUGAGUAUUAUCAAAACAAUUUUGACACAAGUCGUUUUGUCAAAUUUUUUGCCUUAAUAGAGAUUGACGACUUGUAGAAGCUUAUACCAAAUUUGCUUAUAAUUAGAGUGUGUUAGCAAACCCUCUCUUUUACAAGUCAUCAAUAAUUGAGUCAUGCAUUGGGGACUUUUUGAGAUCCCCACGAGAGUUCGAGAGAAAAGCUAACGUGGAAAGAACGAUCGAAGACGAAGAUGAACUGCGCAAUUGUGCCUGCUACGCCGUUGCCUGCCAUUAAAAAAAGAUUUAUCCCAUUUUCCUCAAUGAAAUAUUCGUUAUUGAAAAUUUUACUAGUAACCAGAGUAAUUCUGUUGUAGAUGUUACAGCGCGAAACAAGAAGCAAUAAUAAUAAAUAAAAAUCUUUGGCAGUAUCCGAAGGGUAGAGCAACGUAAACGAAGGUAAAAAUAUAGCCUCCCCCUCCACGUCCGUAAGGUGCAGGUAACGUAAUUAAAAAGUGGUGGUUAAAUUUUUGAAACGAAAGCAAAAAAAACAUAAUAUCUGCAGUUAUGCUUCAUUAUAUUGAUAAUGUAACGUAAUCUUUGAGGUGUAAUUUGGAAACAAAGUUGAGUUAGAAAGUUUUACCACCAUUUCUUAUUUUUAAGAUAGUGUUGUGUCGAUUAAGAUUAAUUUACUGGCCGAUUAAUUGUGUUAGGUAUCAUAACGUGUUGGACGUUUUUCUUCCAAAUUACAUUCACAAAGGUUUUCGAAAGAGAUGAUGAAAUCAAAAAAUUGUGACGUGUUAAGAUUAAAUCCCUUUGAAAAAUGGAGAGAUUUAAUUUUAACAUGUCUUUUUUGUUUCUUUCUGUUUCAAACAGGCCCAUAACGCCCGUCAUUUUGGAUCAGAAUUACAUCCAACUCAAAAAUCAGGUCAUCAAGGCUGAACGAAGGGUCCUGAAGGAACUGGGUUUCUGUGUUCACAUUAAGCAUCCCCACAAAAUCAUCGUAAUGUACCUGCAAGUCCUGGGCUACGAAAAGCACCAACAGUUGAUGCAGUUUUCCUGGAAUUACAUGAACGACUCCCUUCGUACAGAUGUUUUUGUGAGGUAUCAGCCUGAGACAGUGGCGUGCGCCUGUAUCUAUUUGACCGCCAGGAAGCUGAAACUACCGUUGCCAAAGAACCCCGCGUGGUACUCCCUCUUCGGAGUUACCGAGGAAGACAUCAGAGACGUCUGUGUCAGGAUAUUGAAGCUUUACACCAGACCUAAAAUAAAUGUGGAUGCCCUUGAGAAAAAAGUGGAAGAUUUGGUGAAAAAGUACCAAGAGGCUAAAAUAAAGGCUCGUGGAGGAUCAGGGAAUAACACACCUAAUAACAAUAGUCCUUCCAGUCCCAGUUCCCAGAAAACUUCAGGCGCUCAUAACGCAUGGGGUGGUUUCAUAAGCCGUUCCGGUAGCCAUAUAGUUCCGUCCGUUACUGAAAAAAGGUCCCGGUCCCGAUCAGGGACCAUUUCUCCCGUCUCUAAACACCAUAAACGUUCCAAAAAGCACGCACGUUCUCGAAGUCGGAGUCCCAGAAACCACAAAAAACACAAAAGGGGUAGCUACUCCAGGUCCCGCAGUAACAGUCCCCACAACAAGUCGAGGAAAGGAAGGGAUAAAAGAAGGUCAAGGUCAAUUAGCAACGAGAAAGACUUGAAGAACGAUCGAUAUAUCGAUCGAUACGACAAAAACGAUCGAUACGAUAGAGAUAGGUACGUGAUUAAAGAGGAAAGGGAUAGGGAUAGAUACGACGAGAAGGGUGAGAAGAAGGAUAGACACGAUAAGGGGGACAAACGAUAUGAAAAAGACAGAGAAGAUAAAUAUAGGGAGGACAAGUACAGAGAUGAAAAGUACAGGGACGAUAGGGAAAAAUAUGCGAGUAGGGAUGAAAAGGAGAAGUACAAAAAGUCGAAACAUAGGGAAGAAGAGUCUAAGAACAGGGACAGAUCGAAAGACAGGCGGAGAUAGAAGAGAAAGUGUUAUGAAAUGUUGGUUUCUAAAAGAUGAGAUGUUUUAAAUUAGUGCUAUCACGUUGACGAUUUUGUUAGUGUGUGUUUUUUUUAAGUUAGUGGAUUUUUUAGGAUUCUUUUAUACCUAAAGCGGAAGCAAAAUGGAAAGCCUAUUGUCUUAAGCAUAAAAAAUGACUUGUAAUUUUUGUAAAAUAAUUUAUAAUGGGGACCGUUUAACGUCGAAUUUGUUUGUACUGCUGGUCUCGAAAAGAAUUACCUGUAAAUAGCUGUGUAUAUAUUAAUGAUAUUAAAUUUUAUUUUAUACGU